AUGAAGAUUAGCGUCGCAGCCGUCCUUGCGUUGGCCGCCCCCCUGUGCUUAGCGGCUCCCCAGGGGUACAGCUACGGUCUGCCGAGUCCCGCCCCCGCCCCCACAACCCCAGCGCCCACGCCCUACAGCUUCGCCUAUGACGUCAAUGCCGUCGAUGCCCAGAACCGCCCCUUGCAGUACGGACACCAGGAGAUCAGCCCAGGCACCGGAGUCACGAGUGGCAGAUAUCACAUCCUGCUGCCGGACACUCGUGUCAUGACGGUCGACUACACGGUCAACAGCACAGGUUUCUACCCGACGUACACGUUCCUGGGCGAGGCAGUGGUCCCUCAGCAACACGCAGGAGGCCAGGCAGCACACUCCGCGGCUUCUCAGGCCUCUACAUCUUCCGGGGGCCAGACGUCACUAUCAUCUGCCUCACAGACUUCUGCACCUUCCGGAGGUCAAGUAACACAUUCUUCUAUCCCCCAAACGUUUGCUUCUUCCGGGGGUCACGCUGCACCCUCUUCUGUGGCUUCUGGUGGUCAGGUAGUACACUCUUCGUCCCCACAGACCUUUGCUCCUUCUGGAGGUCAGGUCGCACCAUCCCACACUUCUGCGCCUUCCGGAAGUCAGGUGACACAUACCUCAGUCCAUCAGACUUUUGCUCCUUCUGGAGGUCAGGUCGCACCAUCUUCCGCGCCAUCUGGUGGUCAGCUGACUCAUCAGACCUUUGCUCCUUCUGGAGGUCAGGUCGCACCAUCUUUCGCGCCAUCUGGUGGUCAGGUGACUCAUCAGACCUUUGCUCCUUCUGGAGGUCAGGUCGCACCAUCUGGUGGUCAGGUGACUCAUCAGACCUUUGUUCCUUCUGGUGGUCAGGUCGCACCCUCUUCUGCUUCUCACACUUCUGCGCCUUUCGGAGGUCAGAACACACUCUCAUCUGCCUCACAAACGCCUUCCGGAGGCCAGGGCGCCGUCGCCACCCCGACUCAGCUCUACUCCGCUCCGUCAGGAAGCCACUUGGGGUCCACAGCCUCGGCGCCUUCCGGCCAAACUGCCCCUGCGAGCGGAGGAAGCCAGGUUGCCUCGACCGGUCAAGGUUCGGGGAGCGUGACAACAGCUUCAGUCAUUUCCAUUCCCUUUGACACCCACGCCUCUCUCGCCAACCAGGUAGCCUCCGCAGCAGCUGCCACCCCUUCUGGAGCAGGCGGCCAGUCAAGCCUUGCAGCCCCUCAGCAGCAGAUUUCGGUUGCCCCUGGAUUUACUCAGCAGCAGACUUCGGUUGCCCCUGGAUUUACUCAGCAGCAGACUUCGGUUGCCCCUGGAUUUGCUCAGCAGCAGACUUCGGUUGCCCCUGGAUUUGCUCAGCAGCAGACUUCGGUUGCCCCUGGAUUUGCUCAGCAGCAGACUUCGGUUGCCCCUGGAUUUACUCAGCAGCAGACUUCGGUUGCCCCUGGAUUUGCUCAGCAGCAGACUUCGGUUGCCCCUGGAUUUACUCAGCAGCAGACUUCGGUUGCCCCUGGAUUUGCUCAGCAGCAGACUUCGGUUGCCCCUGGAUUUGCUCAGCAGCAGACUUCAGUUUCCCUUGCAACUCCUCAGCAGCAGACUUCGGUUGGCUCUAACCAGGUCUCCGCCGGUCCCCUCGGCACCCAGGCGGCCAUCAUCUUCCCGCAGCAGCUCUCCUCGCUGCCCCUCCAGGUCGCCCCCGCCGCCACCACGGGGAGCCAGGGUACCAUCUUGCUCCCUGCGCCUACCACUUCCGGUCUCCAGAGCCAGGCCUUCCCGGCGGGGCUGCAGACGGCCUUCCUCAUCCCCCAGCAACACCUCCACCAGCUGUUCCCUACAACCACAGGGGGCCAGGGGACCGUCGUUCUCCCGCAGGGUUCUGUUCAACUCCCCCAGACUCUCAGCGUGGGGUCUGGCCAGCUCUCUCAAUUGCUCUCCCAGGGAUCCGGACAGGCUCCUCAGACGCAAGCCUCAGUUCAGGUGGGAGUGAAUCCCCAGGGCCAUUCCUCGGGACCCACAGGUGACCACACGUCCCUGGGAUCUUCCUCUUCCCAGGGCCAUUCCUCGGGACCCACAGGUAGCCACACGUCCACGGGAUCUUCCCCUUCCCAGGGCCAUUCGUCCCUGUCACAAGGAUCAGCAGGGCCAGUCAGCAGCCAAAUCAGCGUCGCCAGACCAAGCGGACUUUAUUCGACGCCUCUUUAA